UUACGCCUAAAUUAGGUUUCCAAUUUCAAUUGGCAUUUCAAUCAUUUCACAGGCGAAUGUUAAUGGAGUAGAGAAACUCCAUCCCAAUCGCUUUGAACAGGAAUAUUCUCGUGAAUUCGUUACCGAAAUCGAUAGGGAUGGCAGGAAUUAACAAUUCUAACGAGCCAAGCACAGCUCCUCAAGCCGAUCGAUGGUAUGAUUUAACCCUAGGCUCCUCCUUCAAGGAUCUGAAUCCUUCCAGAUUCUGCACUUUUCGCUAUGAGUUCAAGCCAGCUUCUAUAGACAAGAAUCAGCGGGGCACGUUGCAUAAGAGUAAGGACAAUAAGGUGACUGUAGAGUUUCAUAACAUCCAACCGGGGAAGCCCAAGGUGACAUUUGAAGGCAGUAGUGAGGAUUACAAGGAUAAUGAUGCUGUUCUUUUCUUUGACGGGGAAUCCUUUCGGUUAGAACGGUUGCACCGUGCUGUUAAGCGAUUGAGGCAUAACAGGUCGCUGGGUGAAUCCACAGGAACUGCUCUAGGACACUCUGAUGCUAGUUCUCCUCCGGUCGGGAAAGUGGCUAAGCAUCAGCCUGUGAAUAAGGAUUUGUUCCCUGCAGUGCCUGUUGAAGUUGAACGAAUCGAGAUUGGGGAUUUCAAAAGCUCGGAUGCAAAACCGCGGCAAGAGAAGACCGUGGAGUAUCCUCCUCCACCACCGGGAAACUCAUCGAACCCCUCACCAUCCCCAAAGAACGACGACCAAGACGAGCAUUUGGACAUUAUGAACGACGACGAUGACAAUGGCAACGAAGUCGAUAUUGGUGGUAGCAUCGAGGUGAAGGAACUGAAUUUCGACAUCAACGAACCGCACCCAACUUAUUCGGAAGACGAAAUCGCCGACGUCGAUGUCAGCGACGACGAAGGCGACAAGGGACCGAAUGCUGCAGAAGCCCUCAGAGCCCAAGUUGCGGGAGAAAGAGACGGCGGCGAGACUUCGAGCUCCAGCGGCAGCAGCGGGAGCGAAAGCAGCGGCAGCGGGAGCGGCACCGGCAGCAAGAGCGCCAGCAGCAGCAGCAGCAGCGACAGCGAGAGCAGCGACGCGGAUUCUGUUACAUCGGUUUGAAAAUGAAAAAGGUGCGUUUGGAUUUUAAACGUUUUAGAUGGAAAAUAAGUUUUGGACGUGAUGUUUUUUGUUUGUGACCGAAAAUGCAAACAAACACACAUAAACUAAAGUCUCCGGGAUCUUUCGGGGGAGUUCUUGUUCAUUGGUUUCUAUUUUUUCUGUUC